AUGGAUAUGAAUGAAGUUGAAAAGAAAGAACAAGAAGAUGGCAAUGGGAAAGUUGUAGUAGAAGCUAAAGACGAGGAUGAGAAAGAAGUUGGUUUGAGUACAACAAUGAAUCUGCUUACUUCCCAACUAGAACAGACAUUCAAAGAAGAAGUGGCAGAAUUAGAAGAGGUAUUAGACGAGAAAGAAGAGGUUCUUGUUGAAGGACUUACUAUAGUCACUUGUGAAGAGGAUGCACAAGCUUUAAUUUUAUCUCAAGAAGAACCCGAACUUGAAGUAGAAGAUGAAGAGAAGGUGUUGCCUAUCACCAACAUGAUAAUGGAUUUUGAUCAUGAUGAGAUAAAUUUAAAGGAGGGUCCAAAACAGUCACUUAUUGAAGAAGCUACAGAUCAUGUUGAGUUGACCAUUGAAGAUGGAAUUCUACCCAAGGACGUCUAUGACAAUGAAGAUAUGAGUUCGUUAUUGGAGAUGAAGUGCCAUACAAUGAAGUUCAUAUUAGAGAGAGACGAAGACUGCAACAGUUUGUUGAUGAGCUUAGCAUUCAAGGAGCAUACUCUAGCUCGUGGCUAA